GGUUCCGUGGCCUCCACAUCAACGAUCAGAUGACGCUCAUCCAGUACUCCUGGAUGAACCUCAUGGUGUUCUCUCUGGGCUGGAGAUCUUUCCAGAACGUCACCAGUGAAUACUUGUACUUCGCUCCUGAUCUCAUCCUCAGCCAGUAAGUUGUGUCAAUGUUCUAUAUUAAUCUGAAUUGAAUUAUUAAAACCUUUUUUUUUUUUUUUUCAUUUAUCCAACUAUUUAGUUAAACAAUAAAAUCCCAUUACGAUAUAUCUCAAUUUAAAAUAUUGUAUUGUCUCCCAGGGAUCGUAUGAGGAGAUCUCCAAUCUAUGAUCUGUGUCUGGCCAUGCAGUUCAUCCCUCAGGAGUUCACCAGUCUCCAGGUCACCAAAGAAGAGUUCCUCUGUAUGAAAGCCAUCAUGAUUCUCAACACU